AUGUCAACGUCGUUAGUGAUUUGCGUCAAACGUGCUCAAGUGUUAGCUUUUAAUGAAGAAAUCUAUGCCUUGAGAAAAAACCUGGAACUACCGCUGAAGUCUAAACUUCGUCCUUUCAAGCCAUUUUUAGACGACGUCGGACAGUUACGGGUAGGCGGACGUAUCCACCACGCUCCGGUAGACUACUCAGCAAAACAUCCCAUUCUGCUACCAGGAGAUCAAUUGUUGACUCAACGGAUAGUGUGGGAUCAUCACGUGAAAAAUUUGCAUGUGAAAGCUGAGACGUUGUUAGCAAGUAUACGUUCACGUUACUGGAUACUUUCUGGUCGGAAUGUCAUCAAAUCAGUCUUGAAUAAUUGCUGGACUUGUAAACGCCGAUCGUUAAGGCAAUGCCACCCCUUAUGGCAUCGCUUCCAGUACAUCGGCUUACCCCGUAUCGCCCUGCUUUUGCCUUUACGGAUCGAUUACUUCGGUCCUCUUACUGUACGAGUUGGUGGAAGAGGUGUAAGGCACGAAAAGCGAUGGAUCAGUCUUUUCACGUGUCUUACAACCAGGGCUGUCCAUUUAGAAACUUCAGAUGAACUCAGUCUGGAAGAAUUCUUGCUGUGCUUCACCCGGUUCGUCAGUGUACGUGGAAAUCCGGAGGUAAUUUACAGCGACAACGGAACAAACCUUGUUGCAGCUGAGCAAGAACUUCGCCAGGCUCUGGAAGAACUCUUCGAAAGACGCAACGAACUCCAGACCAUAAUGUCCUGUCAGCAGAUAGAAUGGCAUUUUUCUCCUCCGGAUGGGCCCCAUUUCGGGGGAGUAUGGGAAAGAUUGGUUCAAUCGUGCAAACGUGAGAUGAAAAUCAGUGUUGGGACUCGCCUCGUCACUGAUCGUGUCCUAAGAACCGUCGUUGCCGAGGUAGCCGCCUUGCUCAAUUCAAGACCACUGACUCAUCUCGGUCAGCAUGGAUCCUGA